AUGCAUUACGUUGUUAUUAAAUCCGAACUGACUCCGAUCAAAAGUUUGAUUUGUGUACUGUUUCAUUGAUUACGAACGUCGGGUUCGACCAAAGUGCUAUUAUUUAUUAACAAUUCGGAAAAUGACAUUUUCUGCGUACAUGUGCGAAACUAGUAAAUUAUUGCGAAAAAAUUAAUUCGCGAGGAGGCAAUCGUUAUCUCUUAUUCGACUUCUCCACAGGCACGGUAAAAAUGAAUAAUCUUUUGAAAAAAUUAGAAACUCUAAAAAUUUCGGGCGAUUUUUCCGAUGAUGGUUUAUGGGCAGCAUGCAUUGAUCUCGUACAAAAGAGUUAUGUCCCUGAGAAAACCGUCGCUGCUAAUCGCCCAUGCGAGGAGAGAGACUUCAGAGAAUACAGGCAAAUAAUAGAUAGAAAUUUGCGAAAUAUCAGAUCUAUGCUUCAGCAUGUCUUUCACAGUCGUAAUGAAGGAAAUGUGCAAAUAUACUUAAAUACACCAGCAGUAAAAACCUUUACCAUCAAUUUAUUAGUACUUAUUGGAGAACACCAUGAGAAAAAUGUUUGGAAUACUGCAGAAUCUGUGUCUAUUUCCAAAGAAUUAAUUAAUGAAAUUUUGGAAUUGCACAGAUCUGAAAGCAUCUUACAGCUUUUAAUGGAGCAAGAUAAUUUUAUUACAGUAUUGUUAACACUAAGGCCUAAAUUAUUAAAGAAUACUUGGAAAGCUUACCCAGCAGCCGUAGCAUGUUACAAAUGGAUUUUGUAUCAAAUUGAGAAACCAGGCUUAUAUAAUUACAUUGGUGAUGUGCUUCCAACAGCUUUAAUAAUUGUUGAUGACUUUGUGCCAGAAAAUGUUGUGAUAGGUCUUGAAUGUUUACAUCAGAUUAUUCAACAUUCUCAUAUGAAAAAAGGAUUGAUUGAGACUGGAUAUGCUAAAGUAAUUUUUCAAGUUUUAGAGGGUUUAACUCUUCAAAGAGAAGCUAAAUAUGUUAUUUUGGUAUAUUUAUGUAUAACAAGUUUACUAGCUACUAUGGAACAUUGGGACAGUGCAUCAAACAUGUUCGAAUGGACAAAGAGGGAUGAUGUUCUACUUACACUAUUAGUCAACAUGGAAUUUGAGCAAAAUGUGGAAUUGAGACGGGCAUACAUGUUGAGUUUGCCUCAACUUUUAACUAAUAUUGGCUGUGCCAAAUGGUGUGAAAGGUUAACAAGAAUACUUUGCGAAUAUUGUGAACAUCAUACAGAUGUUAGAACAUUGAAGGCAACAUUGGAGACUGCUAAAACCUUCCUCUUGAUGUUUCAUCUUCGAGUGGCAGCUCAUUGUGUUCCUCUAUACAGUGCAUUUUUAAAACUACAUUUUGAUUUAGCUAAAACUCCAGUAUUUGACAAAAAAAUAAUGCAAAACCUAGAGGACUGUAUUUGCUUAUUAUAUAAAUUAUCCCCAAAAAUAGGUUGUGCAGUUAUAAAUGAUGAUAGAAUGCAGUCAGUGAUUAAACAUAGUCUGCAAGUAGUGUGUCUAGGUGAUACAAAAUAUUUUCAGUGAAUGAACUAUAUAAGCCUCUUCUAGAAUCUAAUAUAACAAACAA